AUGUGUAGUCGGGAGACUUCCUUAACUUCAAUCAAAAUGUCAGUUACGGAAGAGCAACCCCGAGCUACCAUAAUCUAUGAAUGGCGUGGCGGCACUGGAGCAACGGCAGCAGAACGCAACAUCAACAGCAAAUUGGGCGAGGGCACCACUACCAUCAGGACUGUCAAGUCGAAGACAAGCCCCGGUCGGGACGCUUCCACACUGCAGAAGACUCUGCCAUUCUCGAUGCUUCCAAAGAGGAUCCGGAGAUCAACACCCGCAGUCUCGUGA